CAAACAUUUACUCUUGGGCUUCAACCAAGCAAGAUUUUACUGACUUCCAGAGACACAACUUUUGGACCUUUUUUUUUUUUGACAUCUGAGCAAGAAGCUUUCUGAGGAAACAUGGUGUCAGCCAGCUGUCAGAUGUUGGGCACUGCCCUGUGCAUUAUUGGCUGGAUUGGGGUUAUCGUUGCCUGCGCUCUGCCCCAGUGGAAAGUAACAGCCUUCAUCGGCCAGAGCAUCGUCACUGCUCAAACCACUUGGGAAGGCAUCUGGAUGAACUGUGUGAUCCAGAGCACAGGCCAGAUGCAGUGCAAGGUUUAUGACUCCAUGUUGGCCCUUUCCCGGGACCUCCAGGCUGCUCGUGCCCUCAUCAUCAUCUCUGUCCUGAUUGGCAUCGUCGGCAUCCUCCUGUCCAUGGCAGGGGGCAAGUGCACCAACUGCGUGGAGGACGAGAGCUCCAAAAUCAAGAUUGGCAUAGCAUCUGGAGUGGUCUUCAUUGUUGCUGGUGUUUUGUGCCUCAUCCCAGUGUCCUGGACAGCAAACACCACCAUAAGGGACUUCUACAACCCACUAGUGCCCCAGGCUCAGAAGAGGGAGCUGGGAGUUUCACUCUUCAUCGGCUGGGGGGCCUCAGCCCUCCUCAUCAUGGGAGGUGCGAUCCUCUGUGCCAACUGUCCUCCCAAGGAUAACUACUCUGCCAAGUACUCGGCUGCCCGCUCAUCUGCACCCAAGGACUACGUCUGAGGAGAGAGAAGCCAAACGAGGAAGCCAAGAGACUGUAAAACGGACUUGAGUCGAAGGCUUUGUGAUCAAUGAUACUGAUCCAUAUUGCCACAUUUAGUAUGAUUUGAAUUUCACACUGAUGUUAUGGAGCUCACAGUUUGGUUUGAUGCUGUCAUGUUGAGUUACUGCACUUCUGGAUUUGUUUCAUCUGUGCCAAGAAAAAGAGAUGUGCACCACACCCAGACAACUGCUCCUGAGGCAGAAAAGAUCAACAUUUAACAUCAUGAUUACUUUGAUGGAUUGUCUUUUCCUUUUACAUAUCAUUUUAUUUUAAAAUGUGUUUUAUACUUGAUUGUCUAAAACUGUAAAUAAAGAUUUUUUUUAUCAAUA